AUGAUGAGCAGCAUCCUCAUCCACAGAGCCUGUGCCACUGUCGAGGAGCUGGCCUGGGUCCUCCAGAUCGCCAUCAUCCAAGCCUUCUGUGCCUCCCAGGUGAGACAAGGCCGCGCCAGCUUGUUGCUAGUGGUGGGCACGUCGAUCUGCAUGGUUCUUGUCAUCCUGGUUGCUGAAUGCUUCUCCUUCGCUGGCACGAUUACGCAGGCUUUGUGCUGGUUUGCAUGGGAGGAGACUUGCUGGACGAUCAGCUUUGCCAUUGGCCUGCCAGUCUACGUGCACCUUCUCUGCGCAAUUUGGCGCCCGUGUUGGAAGCAGCAGAUCCGCGCCGAAAAACAAGAGGGAGGCUCGUUCACCGCCUGGCACUUUGCUUUGACAAUGACUGUGUUCUGUCUUGGCUACGUCCCGUACAUGGCCGCGGCCACCGGGCAGCCUUCGGCGUUCCGGGUUCGCAAACGUUUAGGUUAA